AUGCAGGAGGUCUACACGGAUGCCGAGCAGUCAGAUCAAUACCACCCGGAUGCCAUUGGCAUCGAGUCGGUCCAGCCGCAUCGUCGCUGGUUCGUCUCGCACUACGCUCAUCUACAAGCCUUCCUGCAGCGCCAGCCGGUACUGCGCCGGGCGAACAUCAUCUGCCGCUGGCUGGAGAGCACGUACCGCGACAACUCGCGACACGAGCCGCGUCUCCGCGGAGAGGAAGAGGUUGUGCUUCGCCAACUCAUCCUGACAUACCUGCGCGGCGGAGAGCUGAACCGCGCCAUCAACGCCGCCGUCACCUACGAGAGCUGCGUACACAGCUGCAUCCUCAGCGCCGCCCAGCUGCAGACGGUGCAGGAGCCGUGGUUCAGCCAGACCGCUUUGGUGCCUCUCUUUGGCGAGUACGCGCACGGCGAACUGAAUCAGGCUUGGUGCGGUAACGAAUACCGCCUCGACAACCUCUCGCAGCUGUACGAAGAGUCCCUUAAGUACCGCAGCGCCGCCGCCGCCGUUGGCGUAGAGGGAAGCGCGGCGCCCUCGACGCCGAGCGCCGUGAGCGACUUCGAUGCCGUAAUUGGGGCGGUGCUGUGCGGGAACCUUACCGUGCUGGAGAACGCCUUCAAGGUGAACGGGAGUUGGAAGGACAUGGCGUGGUGCUACCUGCGGUGCGCGCUGGUGGUCGCGUUUACGAAGCAGCUGAUGGUCGCUACCGGCGCCGGUGGCGAGGAGUCUGGGCGACCGGCAGCAGGCGUCGUCGACCGCAGCUACGCGGUGUUCAUCGAGGAAAUGACGGGUAGCGGUGAUAACUGGGCGGCGAGUUUUUCGCAGAAGCUAGUGCAGGGCCUUGCAGCGCGCCUGCAGUCUGGUUUGCUGCCGCGUGCGCCGCUGGAGGAGCAGCUGCAGAUGCGCUUCAUCUUGCAGACACUCACGUGCACGGACGGGAAGCACUCUCUGCUGUCUACAGCACCAUCCGCGGUGCCGGCGUCGGCGGCCCUAGUGGGUGCGACCGAGUGGUUCGACAUCGUCCCGGAGGAGGGGGACAGCGACGCCGCGCGGCUGACCACGCACGUAGUGCUCGCGCAGGACGUCGCCUACGGGGAAACGCUGAGCCCGCACGCUGUUCAGGUGCGCGCCGGCGCAUCCUUGGCGACGUCUCUAGCGCGAUACGCGGUUUUCUUAGCGCUGCUGCCUCGCUACCCAUUUGACGAGGGGUUGCGGGCUGUCACAGCCAUGACACUGCGGCUACGCGACCCGCGGCACCGCGCCAGCGUCUACGCCGCCUUCAUCAUGGCCGCGCGCGAGUACGAGCUGCAGCGGCAGAACCUCUCCCGUAGCGAGCUCGAGGAGCAGGAAGCCCGGUUGGUGCGUCAAUUUGUGACGGCCGACCGUGACGCCAAUGUGCAUGCAGAGGUGCAGCAGCUCCUCUACCAGCAGGUCGCGCCGACAGAGCUGCUUACGCACAACAAACUCGCCGAGAAGCUCAUGUGGGAGGCCAUGCACGCGGACUCUCUGUCCGACUACCUCGCGGUGCUUCAUCGCGGUCUCUCGGCGUGCUGCAGCUUCUGGCUCAUGGAGCCGGAGCCCGAGGUGGAGGCGAUCGCGGAUGUGAGCAGCAUCCUGACGCGCCGCGUCUUGGUGGAGAUUCAGAGGCGCUGUGAGACACACGAGGGUGGGCGGACCGGCGAACUCACUGGGGGAGCGACGUCGUCGUCCACUCCUUCACAGUUUGCCAGCCCUGUGACGGAGCACGAGCGCAGUGAAGCAACCUUCUGGUAUCUCCUGAGCGAGGCACGCGGUAUUGCAACGGAGCACGGCUCAAUAACUGCGCAACUAAACGCCGCCAAGCACACGGCCGCCUUUGCCGGGGCUGCAGCGGCGUCAAACCGCACCCUCAUCUACCAGCUCACGCAGGAUGAGGCGGCGCUUCUGUGCAAGCUGGUGGAGCACACCCAGCGCGCUGUCCGGCACGGUGGCGCCGUCGUAUACCGGGACCGCCAGUGCCUGACCGCCAUCAUAAAUCUGGUGCAGCAGCUGACGGAGGCGGUGACUCUGUCGAUGCUGUCUGGUGUGGUUGAGAGCGACGUCGAGGAGGAGAGCCCUGCCUCGUGUGAUGAGCUCUUCCGCAUGCAGCAAGUGUAUGGACUAAUGGAGGAGCUUCACAGCGCCGGGUACCUGCACCCGGCACUGCUCCCCCAGCAGAGCGCCAGUGCACUCUACGCACAGAUACGCGCCAUGCGCGUGUCGUAUGGGCAGCGCGUGCACAAGCGACAAGUUGUGGCGGCACUGCGCCAGCGGGCUGGCGGGGCCGCAGCAGAGGUUGCCCGCGUUGGUGCCGUCGUGCCCGUCGACGGUGAAUGA